GUGAGUGUCAGAUUAAAGCUGCCGUUGGGUGCAGGGAGCACUCGGCGCUGCCCACUCAUGACCUUCGACCCCAGAGCGGGCGGCCUGCGGUGACGUCAUCGGUGGGAACUCCUUGGCAGGCGUUGCUGCAAAAUGGAGGCAUCGUUGACUAUUUGACACACUUAUCUUGUUAUACAAAAUGUGUGUCUGUACAUUUCAGUUUACAGUCCUGCGCACCAAGCAAUUUAGUUAUUUGUAAUCCUAUUGAUGUUAGCAAUUCUGACGAAGUGUGAGAAAUGAAAGUCCUUUUGCUUAAAGAACCCAAAGAAGGAGAAUUGGGACCUGAUCCUUAUGUUCAGGAGUUUAUUUCACAUGGCCUUCAAGCAACUUUAAUUCCUGUUUUGUCAUUUGAAUUUAUAUCGCUUCAGGACUUAUCAAAGAAGCUUUCACAUCCUGAAGCUUAUGGUGGUCUGAUAUUUACCAGUCCCAGAGCUGUUGAGGCUGUGACAUUAUGUUUGGGUGAAAAGGCUAUCAGAGAAGAGUGGAAUAAUAACUUCUUAAAAGACAAGUGGAAAGAAAAAUCUGUCUAUGUUGUCGGAAAAUCUACAGCCAAAUUGGUCAAAGAAAUUGGUCUUGUAACACAAGGAGAGGACUCAGGAAAUGCAGAAAAACUAGCUGAGCACAUCUGUAACAAAGAAUCUUCAAAUUCCCUGCCUCUUCUGUUUCCAUGUGGUGCUCUAAAAAGAGAGAUACUUCCCAAAUGUCUAAGAGAAAAAGGUGUUCCUUUGGAAAGUUUAACUGUCUAUAAAACGUCUCAGCAUCCUUGCUUCCAGCAAGCUUUGGAUGAUUAUUUUUCAGAACAGGGAAUCCCAGAUAUUAUCACCUUUUUCAGUCCAUCCGGUGUUAAAUUUUGUCUGAGCACUAUCAAAAAAUUGACAGGGGCCUUCAUUGACACAAUUAAGUUUGCAGCAAUAGGACCAACAACAGCUGAUGCCAUGGCAACAGAGGGACUGACCGUGAGUUGUACCGCAGAAAAACCUACAGCUGAAGAUCUAGCAGCUAGUAUAAGAAGAGUGCUAUAAAAAAGUGCCAAGUACAUAUUAGUAAAACAUUUGUUUCUUUUUCUUUUUAUGACUAAAAUGGUUGCUUAGUUAACAUCCUUUUCUUUCUUUUAGAUUCUGUUUAGAUUGUAGCCUUAUGUUUCCUAUCCUUGUAAAAUUACUUUAAAUCAGGAAAUUUCACUUUAAUUAGUUAAUUUCUGUAGCAUGAUUUUCUAAAAUACAUUUAUAUUUGUGAAUCCCUCGGAAAUUGCUUGUUGCUAGUCAGACUGAUACAAAGAUAUAAGAAAUCUCUUUUUAAGUUAGUACCUCAUUUAUAGUACACAAUUUUUUAUAUCUUGCCCAAAGAUUUUGAGAAAUCUUGAUUUUUUUAAAGUUAAUGUGAAAGUCUAGCAGCACUGUAAUAUAAACACCAAACUAUUGGAUUCUAACCUUUGCAAACAUAUUUUUGGAUAAUAAUUUGGGAGUGAUGGUGAUUGGAUUUUGGGAAGUAUGUCUGGGCCAUCCCAUUAAAAUGCUUAUUAUUCAGGUUGAUGGUAACAUAUUUAAAUUAUACACAUUCUUUCAACCUAUAAGGUCUAAGAGUUGAGAUUCAGGGCAGGAUUUAUUCACUAAUAGGAUUUGGGUAGAGGUUGGGGUUAACCACUUUUGCUAUGGGUCUGGAAUCGCUUGUAGGCCAGACCAGGCAGGAAUGACAGAUUUCCUUCCCUAAAGGACUUUAGUGAACCAGAUUUUUUUUUCUAAUGACAAUCAACAGUGGUUAUAUGUUGCCAUUAGGCUAGCUUUUUAUUCUGGCUUGAAAAUGAGUUCCAUUUUCACCAUCUGCCAUUUUGGGAUUCAAACACAUGAACCUGGGGCUCUGGAUUACUAGUCCAGUGACAUUACCACUAUGCCAUCACCUACCCUAAGCUAUUGUGUAUGAGGUUUGCUAAAUUGCAUUCAAUGAGGCAACAGUUUAUUUUUCUAUACAUAACCAUACAUUUUUAUCAAAGUUAUAUUUUGUUUCCAAACACUUUACCUCUGUUUUGUCUUUGGAGUGGCAGUCAGAGCAAAGAUACACCAAUACUACUCCAUUUCAAUAAAUUUUCUGACCUGAAUCUAAACUGGGGUAUAAGAUUGUGGUCUUAUUUAUCAUUCAUUUCUGUAAUGUUCUGUGGGUUGUUAACUGACCAGAGGCUGGCAUCUUAGCAGGAUUUUGUAUAUUUUUAAGAGCAAAUUUGAUUUUUGGAUCUAAUAUUGUUGCUAAAUGCUUUGCAAUAUGUCAUUUAUUUUAUCAAUCCUGAGCAAUAUCUAACUUAUUUUAAUAUAGGUUGGACUUUAAAAGGACAAGAAGAGCUCAGGCUAGUGGUCUGCAUUCACUGAUUAAUUUCUGCUUGCCAAUAGUUGAAAGAGCAAGGACUUUUAAAAUAAUCCAUGACUAGAAUACAAUGGUGAUAAAUUGGGAACUUUGUAUUCAAGUGAAAUAUUCAUCUGCUUUUGCUUAAUGAAACAGAUUCAAAACUUACAGUCCCAAUAUUAUUUUUUUCUGAUGAACACUGACAAGAGAAGGAUGAAGUACAUCAUUGAUGCUUAACAAUGGCCUAAAUAUUGCACUGGGGAAAACUGAGAGUUUUUACUUUUGUUCCUCCACUGAAACUGACUACGCCUUCUGAAGUGUGGAAUAAUACAAAAAAACAGAAGAUUCUAUGUCACUGUAGUGGGCUCAUUUUGGAGGCAUCUCCCAACUGCAAUCAGUGAGAAAUUUUACAAAUUGACAGAAUUUCCGCUCCUACCUAUUAGCCUCACUGUAAAAAUCUCGAAAAGGUUAUACUUUGUUGAUUGAAAUGCAGCUGGAUUUUUAAGGGUAGUACUUUCAUAAUUACUGCUGAACAUCCUUACCAGCUUUAAAAGAGGAAAGUGAUAUUUGUAGAAUUUUUUUUUAUUAUAAUAAGUGUUACACUGAAAGUUCCAUAAGCCUGGCUUAUCUUCAUAUUAGCUUCUUUUAGCUUGUUUUAAUUAGACCAUAAUUUUGUUGUUAUCUGAAAAUAUAAAUUAAAAGUGUGGGGUGUUGUGCUUUAACUUUUUUAAUGUGUAUGCAUACUUCAAUGUGUUUGGCUGUGUAACAUGCUUGCUCAUAUCACUGCUGCUACAAGCUAUGACAUCACUUUGACUUGAUGCUAGACUUAAAAUGCCACUGAGGAAGAGGAACACCACACCACAAAACUCUGUAGAAGGCAACUGCCUUCCAGGUAAGUGGUACACAUCACUGUUUCACCACUGACCACAAAAUUGAGUCAGGAUCAGAGUCAAAUGCAGAAAGAUACACCUUGGUUGUUGGUGAAUAAAAGUAUCUUUGUGGGAGUUAUUGUUUGCCCUGAACAUGAAUAAAAUUUUCAGUUUUUCUGCGUCA